UCAAACUCGGUCGGGUGUAGUCGAAUAUUUAACCUGCUGUUGCCGCAUCGCAUUAAAAUCCACAGAAAAGUUACAAUGGCUCCUACCGAAUCGGCUCAAAGAUCUGAAACAGUCACAAUCAACAUUUCAAAUUCGCACAACGAUGUGAUUUCCUUCGAGCGGAAGUAUAGUCGGGGGAUGACGAUAGCCGAGCUUAAGGGCAAACUAGAAACGAUCACAGGAGGAUGCGCUGGUACGAUGAAGCUGGAGCUGUAUAGUGGUUCCCGAUUGGUGUGCAAGCUGGAUGACGACAGCCAAUCGCUCGCAAAUUUUCCAAUAGAGGACGGCAUGCGAAUUCACGUUACUGACAACUUUCAGUUCAUCCAAGAGAAUGUGGCCAAAUUUGAGCUGUCGCAGGAGGAAUACGACAAAAAGGCGGACAGUUUGAGAAGUUUUCUUAAGAAAAACAAACUCGGCAAGUACAACGAGGAAGAAAUGAGCAAGCUGGAAGAGGAUCGCAAACGGCAGGAGGAGGAGGAAGAGAAAAAAGUCUCAGAGACGGCCAUCGGGGCGCGCUGCCGUGUUACAACCAAGGGUCAACCGACGCGUCUCGGUACGAUCAUGUACAAAGGAUCACUCGACAGCAAGCAGGGAAAGUUUUUCGGCGUCAAGUUUGAUGAGCCGCUUGGGGUUAACGAUGGCAGUGUUAAUGGCAAACGGUACUUUGAAUGCGGUCCCAAGUACGGCAGCUUCGUAGCUGUGAAAGCGGUAGAAGUAGGCGAUUUUCCACCAGAAGAAUUUUCCCUGGAGGACGAGCUGUAAAUUGGUUGGAUCGCCAACCAGUCAUAGUCAUUCCUCAUUCUAAAGUCUAUUACUAUUUGCACUGAAUUUAGUUAUGAUUCAGCUCAUACCAUUCAAAUUAAGCUUCAAAUGAAAUAACGUCCUUUUUUUGCCUUAACAGUACUAACAUAAAAUAUUUCUCAUUUAUGGAAUUAAUGUGAUCUUUAAUAGUAAUAA